UAUCGAGGCUACUGCCGAUCACUGGAGGCGGCCAUUAAAAUUGUAAACAUUGGAGAUUUUUUAAUCCGAUUUCAUCUGCAUUAUUGAAUGAAAAUGGCAACGCAUUUUCGGUUGUGCGUUUUGGCCAUUGUCUUAAAUGUUGUCUGCAGUGCCAAUCAGGAUAGCAUCAACAACGAUUUGGUGAAUUCCAAAGUGGAAAGGAAGAUCGACAUCUCCAGUCAUAUAGUAAAAAUAACGACAUCCAUCACUAUCGAAAACAAGGGUUCAUCAUCAGUGAAAUCUUAUUUAUUUGUGUUAGACAAUUCAUUACAAAAUAAACUUUCAUUUAUUGGAGCUGUUUCUAAAUCAAGAGAUGAAGAGAAAAAAUUAGAUGUAAAAUUAACAUCAGUUGCUAAUCAAAAAGAUAAAUCAUUUUAUCGCAUUGAGUUGAGCUCACCACUGGGAAGUGGAAAAACUACAACAUUAGAAGUUGAGACAGUGUUUGCCCAUGUUUUGACCCCUUACCCUGCUGAGAUCACACAAGCUGAGAAACAAUUUGUGGUGUUUAAUGGCAACCUGUAUUUCUUCUCUCCGUAUAAAACUACCACUCAAUCUACCAGUGUCACUACUACAUCUUCAAAUAUUGAAUCAUACACUCGUACCAAGCCUGUCUCUGUCAGUGAUAAUGUUAUUAAGUACGGACCAUUUGAAGCCAGAGAACCUUUCACAGAGGCUGAAUUACGAGUUCAUGAAGAAAAUAACAGUCCAUUCCUGACAGUGACCAGUAUUGAGAGAAUUAUUGAGAUAUCUCACUGGGGAAACAUUGCCGUCGAGGAACAUAUUGAUAUGAGACACAGUGGCGCCACCUUGAAGGGUCCUUUCUCAAGAUUCGAUUAUCAGAGAAAUAACGAUGGUGUUUCUUCCAUAAAAUCAUUCCGAACUCAGUUCCCUGCUGCAGCUCGUGAUGUCUAUUACCGAGACGAGAUUGGCAACGUUUCCACAAGCAAUUUACGAGAACUGGAAGAUUCUGUCGAGAUUGAGAUCCGACCACGAUUUCCAUUGUUUGGUGGCUGGAAAACUCAGUAUUAUAUUGGAUACAAUAUACCCAGCUAUGAAUACCUGUUCAACAGAGGUAACGAAUAUGGGUUAAAAAUGAGACUUAUUGAUCAUGUCUAUGAUGAUAUGGUAGUAGAUGAAGUAACUGUUAGAAUAAUUCUUCCUGAAGGAUCCAAAGAUAUAGUUGUAGAUCCACCAUAUCCAGUUAAACGUGGCUCUAAUGAGCUCCAUCAUACUUAUCUUGAUACUGUCGGCAGACCUGUUAUAGUUCUAUAUAAAACUAAUUUAGUAGAACAGCAUAUUCAAGAUUUUACUGUUACCUAUUCAUUCCAAAAGAUGUUGUUAUUACAAGAACCAUUGUUAGUGGUUGGAGCUUUCUAUCUCUUGUUUCUUAUUGUUAUAGUGUAUGUUAGGUUGGACUUCUCCAUCACUAAGGAUGAAGCCAAAGAAAGCAAGUUGAGAAUUUCUAGUUUGAUUAAUGAAGUACAGGACGCCCAGGAUAAACGAAGCGCCCUCUAUCAGAGUUACGAUGAUGCCAUCAAUAAAUUUAAAAGCAGUAAAGAUGCAACCACGUUUGGAAGCAGUCGUAAGAAGAUCAAUGCAGAUUAUGCUAAUCUCACCCAGCAGAUCAGCUCCAUUCAAGCUCAGCUCAAAGCUGAAGCUUCUGAUGCUGCUGAGAAGAUUGCUGAACUUCAAAAACUGGAUAGCCAGUAUAAAGAUUUAAUAAAUUCUGCUAUAACUUCUGCCGAGAGGCUGAUAUCCAAUAAACUAAAUAAACAACAAUAUCUUGAAGCAGACGCAACCAACACAACCAAGCGAGAAGAAGCAGAAUCGAAGAUGGAGGCUCUACGUGCUAUUUUUUAAUUUCGUUCAUUUUGUUUUUUUUUUUAUAUAACAGAAAGUGUUAGACAACUGAGUCUUUCUCCAGAAACAACAAAAUGGAAAUUGUUAAUAAAUUAUUUUAAGAAACUUGGGAAAAAAAGAAGAAGGUGGGAACAUCUCAACUUGCAAAGUAGAUGGGAUAAUGAAAAAUGGAUGGAAUACCAUUGGGAUAUGGAUACUGUGCACACAUGGGAAAGGCAUGAAUGGAUGUCUCUCUGGACUAUUGUUCAGAUUUUGUAUGCUGUCUGUUUGCAUCUUUGGGAUUCCGUUACUACAUAUACCCAAGAUUUCUUAGAUGAUAGUGGUAUGACAUGGUUUAUUUUUUUUUUUGCAAGAAUGUUAGGAUUGUCUGCCCUUGUCCUGCAUUCUUUAUUGUAUGCUUCAUUUGCUGAUUUCUAAAAAAAUAUCACAAUACAAUGUU